AUGCCGCUUACUCAGUUCGAGCUCGCCCGCUUGGCUGAGACACAUGCUCCUCCCUCCGGACUAGACGAUGAAGAGAUAUGGCUGUCAAGAGCCAAAAACUCGAACUCACUCAACGGGACGGAGGUGUGGUGGCGGUGGUACGCGCCAUGGCUUGAAGAACGAGGGUAUCGUCUACGACCCCGUUACCAACCUGGAUGGGCGCCUCCUGCACAGCGCGCGUAUGCCGAAAGGGAGGACUGCGUGGAGCAGACUUUGGUGCGCGUGCUUGACGCCACCCGUGUUUCCGAUGGGCUUCAGGUGUUGUUGAAGGUCAUACCCGAUACUGGCGAAGGACAAGCAGAGCGUGAGAUUCUUGAGUAUCUGUGGUCGCCGAAUCUCAGAUCGGACCCGAGAAAUCACACGGUACCUCUGCUGGACAUUUUGAAAUUGCCAUACGAUGGAGAUCUGGUGCUCGUAAUGCCUCUUCUGCGCUCGUUCGACGACCCUCGGUUUCAGACCGUUGGCGAGGCGGUCGAGUUCUUCCGACAGGUCUUCGAGGCCAUAGAAUUCUUGCACGACCAUAACAUCGCCCACGGAGACUGCACGACUGGGAACAUCAUGUACGACGCUACACCCAUGUACCCAGGAGGAUUCCAUGCCAUUGACACAGACCGCGCCCCUUCAUGGGAGCGGAAUGCGGUCCACUACACGCGCACUGAGCGCCCGGUUCGCUAUAUCAUCAUCGACUUUGGACUUUCGGUGCGCAUCACGGGAGACCAGACUGGUCUAGUCUAUCCAGCGCACGGUCGUGAUCGCACUGCUCCCGAACACCGUCCCGAUCUCAUAGCCACCCAAACGCCCCAUGACCCGUUCCCGACAGACGUUUACUACCUCGGGAACUUCAUCCUGAAGGAGUUCAUCGAGGUCGGCCGUGUUCCUUCGUUUCAUCUCCGAUCCUCGCUAAAGCAAGUGUUAGGGCUAUUCGGGUGGAUUUGA